UAUGGCGCCGCUGGUGUUAUGAGAUGACAACAUCGCAGUUUGUGUCCUAUUUGUCAUUAUUAAUGUUUGAGUCAACAUUAAUUACCUACCUCACAAGUUCAAAGAAAGUCAGUAAUUGUAAUGUAAGUUGUAAUAAAGGCGAACGUGUUUUAUCUGACGAUUAUUAUCAAAUGAAUACGUUCGAAUGCGUCCGUGAGGAAAGUACAUAGCUCCUGUAAAAAUGGCGGGUGUGUUAUCUUUAUGGGUUGUGUUUUCAUUGCUAUUAGAGAAAGUCUAAGGAGUGAUAUUCUAGUGUUAAUACAUUUCUGAGUUGAGAUAUAUAGUGGAAUGCGUGAAUAAGGACGACAUGUGCUACUUGCUUCUUUGACAUUUCAAGAAGUGAUUGAUUUAGUUAGACAGCGCAGGUGUCAUUGUAUUUGAUGAAAUUAUCAGUAUGUCGCGCUGGGGCAGAGGAAGAAGCGGCAGCGUGGCUGUGCCGCUGGACAGCGCUCUGUUCAGAGAAAAUAGUAAUUGCCCCUCAGCAGCCCGAUCGGCGGGGACGGUGGGCAAGUGGGGAAUUACGAGCUUCACAUCAAUCAGAAGCGCACCGUACGCAUAUCAAAAUAAUGUUCAUAAGAAGACUGUUCAAGAUCAGAAUAGUCCUUUGACAGUGCCAGCUGUAGAAACUGAACAACCACCACCGAAACCAAAAAAGUUUUUUAAAUCUCGCAAUGCAGAAUUGUACCCACCAGUACCACAAAUUACAUAUGCUCCACCAGUACCUGCUGCACCUCUCUCACCUGAACAUCCUUCUAAUAAAGAAAAGAAAACAAAUAAAAGAAGUAGAUACAAUAGGGAUUCUUCAUCACCAGAAUUACCUAGACGUAAUUCUGAAAAAGGUAAAACGAAGAAGAAUGUGGCCACUAAGGCAUCAAAAAAGGAAGAAACAACUGCGGAAAAUACACAACCACCAAACAAACGAUAUUUGGUUCGUAAUCGUGAUAAAGUAAUAAAUUAUGCUGAGGAUGGAAGCAACAGUCCAAUCCCAGAAUUCACAAGAUAUGAAUCAUUACAACCUAAGGUGCCUUCACCAAAGGCUAGUCCUUUGGUUACAAGUCCAUCUCCAGUUAAGAUGGAUGUAGUUAGUCCGUCAACAAGUAAAGAAACAAGUGAGGAACGUAAACCCCCUCCUAUAGUACUACGAAUAUCCAAAGGUACAUCGAGGAUAGUAAGUACAGAUUCUAAUGAAGGUUUUACAUCACCUAGUUCAGACAGACAUUCUUCUAUGGAUACCCAUUCUGAUAUGGGUUCAGAUCACAAAAGGAGUCCUACAAUGGAAAGCAUAUGCUCACCUAAACAUGAAGGUCUUAAAAUAACUAUUAAAUGUUCAGGGAUAAAUCAGGAUGCAAAAAAAGAGAAGAAAAAGGAAAAAAAAGAACACAAAUCUCAUAAACGUCACCACAAAAAUUCUGAUGACGAACCUCUCAAAAAACCUUCUUCACCACAACCAGGUUCAGAUACAUAUGAUUUAUAUAAAACUCUUGCAUCUCCGGUACAUGAAACAGAAAGUGAUUCUAAUAAGAACAAACAAAUUGACAGUACUAUAGAAUCACAGUUAGCAAAAUUGGACUCAACAAAUAUUGAGCCUAAAUCUCCAGUUCCAGAAAAGCAGCCUAAGGAUCCUCAACCUGAACCAAAACCACCUGAAAACAGAGGGAGAUCAAGAAGAAAUAGGCCAAAUAUAAACUAUAGUGAAAAUGAUGAUGAUUUAGAGGCUUUAGCAACUAAAUCUUCAGGUAAACAAGUAAUUAGAACAGUGAGUGACUUGAAAAAAGAAGCUAAAAAGAGUAGACGGAAACAAGAGGCAGUAGCGGACAUACCUGUAACUAAUGUAACUUCACCAGAUAAUCAACAAGGAAUUGACACAGAAUCUGAAUCUCACAUAGAACAGAAUGACCUUAUUGAUAUAUUAUCUGGAAGCGAUAACAGUAAGACUGAUGUUGUGACUAAUAAAAAGGCAAAAAAACAAAAAAAUAAGAACAGUAAACAUUCAAGUCCUAAUGCAGAAAUGGAUGUGCAAGACACAUUGCCUAACCAAGAAGAACUUAAUCAUGAUAAAGAUACAGAAUCACUUGAAGAACCAGCCACAGUGGACUCUGAUCCUGUGGUGGAACCAAAUGAAGCUCAAAUACAAACACAUUCUUCUGAUUCUGCUUAUAACAGCUGUCCUCAUGAGUUUUCUGAGGAAGAAUCACAAAAAUGUCAACAAGAUGAAGUUUUCAAAUCUCCACACGGUGUAGAUUCUGAAGAACAUAUUGAAGACAAACCAAGUGUUAAGUUGGUCAUUACUAAAAAGAAAGGUUCUAUAUUUAAAAGUAAAUCUUUAGUAAAUGACAAUCCUUCACCAUUGCCAGCUAGGAAAAGACGUCAUCUCUACAAACAUGAAUGGGCAAAUGAUAAAGGAAAUGAGACACCUAGACCUGAACAAACGGAGACACAGGAAGUUAGAAAUCCAGUGACAGAAGUGUCCGAAGAAUUAACUAGAGUCACGAGAUAUAGGGCAGCUGAUCCAAUCAUGGAUGAUCCAACAUUGAAUGAACCAGUUAAACCAUACACAAGUGUCAAAUGUGCUAAAGAAGCUAAAGAGUACUACACAGUUGUGCGGAAUGUUAAGAAGGCACAUCAAAUACAAGAAAUUGGAGAAUUCCUGGAAUUCAAUGAGGAUGUAGAUUAUCUUUUAGAUGCAUUGCAAGACAACAACCCAAUGUCGACUCGCUGCCUGUCGGCCAUCACGCUGGCCAGCAAGUGCACGGCGCCCGCCUUCCGCAUGCACCUGCGCGCCCACGGCACCGUGCAGAAGUUCUUCAGCGCGCUGCACGACGCCACCAACGAUCAGAGCCUGGGAUUGUGUACAGCGACAGUGAUGUUUGUGCUUUCACAAGAUCGUCUAAACAUGGAUCUGGAUCGAGAGUCACUUGAACUUAUGUUGAAUCUACUUGAAUCUGAUGUGUCACACAAAAAUGCUCUUGAUGACUGCGGCCUAACAUCAGCUCAACUGGCAAAGACUCAGGAAAGAGUGCGAGAACUAUGUGCUGAAAUUAAAAGUCAAGGAAAGGCAAAUCAUUUGGAUUUGGAUAAUAUCACAGUCGGUCACCUCGCCAUGGAGACGUUGCUGUCGUUGACCUCGAAGCGAGCCGGUGAGUGGUUCAAGGAGGAGCUCCGCAACCUGGGCGGGGUGGACCACAUCGUGCGCACCAUACAGGACUGCGCCGCGCGCCUCGAGUCGCCCGCCGCCGACUGGACCAGCGCCGAGGUCGACGUCUUGCGGAAGGCCGACAGGUGUAUGCGCGUCCUGGAGAAUGUGACGCAGCAGAACGAGGCCAACCAGCAGUACCUGGUGUCGGGGUCGCUGGGCGCGGCGCGCACGCUGGCGGCGCUGUUGCGGCGCUGCGCGAGCGAGGCGCGCGCGUCGCAGCCGCUGCGCGCCGCGCUGCUGGACGCCGCGCUGCCCGCCGUCAAGGUGCUCGUCAACCUGUCGCACUCCUUCGGCGUCGCCUCAUCGACAGUUGGAGCUCAAGUUGUGGGUGAACAGCCAUCACUCAUGGAAAUCUGCUUGAUAAUGUUAAAUAAUCAAGGAAACUUCAUACCUGAUAGCAGAAAUUUUGAUUUUUGUGUUUGUGUGUUGAUGCUUUUAAUAAAUCUGGUACAGAACAACGAUGUAAAUACUCAAAGACUGUUAAGUGUUCGAAUUAGAGUUGACAAUGAAAGUGAUAUCAUAUCUCGAAGUGUAUCGGCGCUGGACCUUAUCGUCGAUUUAUUCUACAAGCGAGAGGAGUUAGCCAGGAGAGCAGAAGAAAACACAGACGCUUUACUAGACGGCGAAAAAGAAGAGGAAACAGAAAAUGACAAAAAGAAGCAAUCACAAGAUGAUAUUGACGAAACCGUGGCUAAAUUGCUGGCGCGCGCGGGCACGCACAUGGAGCACACCAUGGUGGGCGCGUACCUGGCGCUGCUGCUGGGCAACAUGGCGGUGGCGGCGCCGGCCAGCGCGGCCGCCGUGCGCGCGCGCGUGCCGCUCUACGCGCCGCUGCUGCCCACGCUGCAGAAGUACUUCACCUUCCUGUCGCUCACCGCCAGCGCCGAGGCCGCGAUCGUGGCUCACGUGAAGUCGACCCAGCGCAUAAUCGAGUUCAUGGAGAACAGCGACAAGCAGGCCGGUCAGCCGGCCACGCCGGAGCCGGCUCCGGCCGCGCCGUACACGGCCGCCUACCCGAGCUACUACCAGACGUCGCCGUCCGACGUGCCGCAGGACAUGUCGCUCAGCAAUCUCAACUACUCCAUGAACUACAUGAACAGCUCGUCGAGUUCGGAUCGGAUGUCGUCGUCGAUGGAGAUAGAUGGUUACCACUGAAAUCGAUAUCACUUUUUAGUUCGGUCCCGUUAGCGACGUGUCGUCGUCGGACGAUAUCCGGUUUGGUCGCCUCCCAAAUUGUACCGAGUGUGAAACAUGAGUUUAGUUUUAUAUCGACGUAAAGAAACGUUUUGAAUUUUUUGUGUUAUAUUAUACUACUAUUAUUAAAGAAACACACCGAAAUUAUUUCUGAUUACAUAUUACUAUAAAAAUUGUUUUUGUGGGAUAAGCUGAAUGAUAUGCAGCAUAUUAAAUAGCUACGACAGUGAACCGUCUAUAUUGAAACUUAAAUAAAAUGUUAGGAGUGUGACUAGAUCUGGUGAGUCUGAUUUAUUUACGUUACAUUUUAAAACUUGUAAAUAUAAACCAUUAAAAUUCUGAUUGAGUCAACGUAGUAAUAGAAAUAGUAUGCCAUUUGUAAAAAUAAAUCGUUUAUAUUUCAGUAGAUGAAUGCGUUAUUGCACUCGGCUAGUACCUCAUCCUUUCUGUAACGAUAUUUCUUCCUUCUUAAAAAUAAUCUUGUAAAUAUAGUUCGCCGGCUAUUUAAUAAGGUGUAGUUAGCUGCGUUGAUUGAAUAUGGGUUAUGAAAUCUUAAUUAAAUUGAGAUAUUCCGAGUUUAAGCCACUGACCUGGCAAUAUAAAAGUGCAAACAUAGUCGAGUAAGUGUAUAAUAGAUAUGUAUUCUUUUAUGUGAAUAUUGUGUCAGCACUUUUUGUAUUAUAGGUUUUUGAGAGAGUUACAAAUUAUCGAGUAUUGUUCUGAUGAGGCACAAUUCUUUAUUGUAAAUAAAUUAGCUAGUGUUAAUAGAUCGGUCUCUGUUGACUAAAAUAGGAUAGGCGAGGUUAUUUGUAUGCGAAUAUAUGAGAUUCUAAAGAUCGUUGCUUGUCCGUUCGGAGAGCCGAGACCUCUCCGUGCGAUAUGUACAAACACUAACUAUGUUAGUUGCUCGCAAAUGAGAGAUGAUUUUUGCUUACAUUAAUAAAUAGGACAAUCUAUGAUGUUUGACUUUUAAUCAAUAGCUGAUAGCGUUAUCGCAUAUCCUCAUGUUUCCCUGAUUUUGAUAAUUACUUCAGACAAUUGACAGACUAGAAUACAGACAGAGGGCUUGAGUUAAUGUUCUAAUAUCAGAAUCAUUUCGGUCAUCACGCACAAUGACUGAUGACUAAUAACGACCAAUUUCUAUUUAACUAGUGUCGAUGCCGAAAGGUAUUCAGUUAUAGCAACGAGUCUGUGCGCAGUGACCCUUACAUAACAUUAAAUCGAGGUGUAGCUACGUCUGUACUAGGGAAUUUAUUAGUAUUUUAUAUGACGCUAGAAUUGAUUAGUAGCUAUUUAAAUAAUAAAUAUACCUUCAAAAGCGAAACGGUAGAAAAUAGCCCCUUUUAAAUUGGUCGACAGUUAUUUUCAGAAAUAGUUAUUAAAUUAAUGUAUGUUUAUGAAUUGUUAAUGACAGCUUUUUAGCUAUAAAGUACAGAAAUAUGUAUAAAGGCAUUCUACUUAAUGUGUUUGUUGGUUUUCUAAAACGUUUUAUCUAUGCACGAAUAGUGUUAUCUAUCUUUUAAAUGACGUUAAGAAAAAAAAAUGAUUAAAUCUGUUGACUUAUUAGUGAAUCAUAAAUAACAAAAGGGAACUAUUUAAUAGCAGAUUAUGCUACUUUUACGUGAUGACAUAAAAAUACUGGCUUAUUUUCAAUUGAAUACAUGAUACAAGAUUAACUUUCAUUUGCUAUUGUCAAAAGUCAAGUAUAUUAAAUGAGGCACUUAGUUUUAUAACGUGUCUAGCUUCGACACUUGAUAGAAGUCGAAUUCGACAUAAACACAAUAUUGUUUCUAAAAUUUCGACGGCAAAUGUUAUGUUAAUGAAUUGUGGUGACAAAAAUUAUAUAAUGUGUAAUUGUUGUUUGGAUUUCUGUCGAAUUGCAAACACAGAAAUUGAAUGAAUUUCAGUCGUAUAUCGAAACUGAAUUGAACAGUGCCUCACUUAUAUAUCUUAUAUUUUAAUUUAAUUUUGAAAUCUAUACUUUAUCUACGCAAGGUAACUUUGAAUUUGAUUGAGUCACAAUUGUGGGAUUCGAUUAAAUAUUAUGCAGGUAUUAUGAAAUCGCAACAAUUGGUUUA